CGCCGUCUCAAGACUCGGCCUACGGCUUCGGCGGUCCUCUGGGGACACCUUCUCUCCAGUACGGACACAUCGCAGACAACCAUCAGCAACCGCUGCUCUCAAGGUCCGCUCGGAUCCUCAUCCUUCGGUAUCACUCCUACGGAUAAAAAUGGAGCAUCCUUGCGCAUAUUGCUCCACGACACUCAGGCUAACUUGGAAAAGUUCUCUGACCGGGUGACCAAGCUUACUGGGGGCAUCGACGAGAGCAAGCGAGAAAUCCAUCUGGUCAGAGAGCUGCUUCAAAGCGAUCACGAGAAAUUGGUAGAAGAAAUGGUCGAUCUAGUCAAUAGGUGUCAAACCGAGAUAACGCGAGUUAUCGGUUCUCCUUCUCAGGUGUCGCAUAUAGACAACAUGCGCGUCGAAGUUGCCAAGGUCGACACCAGGCUGACCGCGUUGGAAAACAAGGUGGACAUGCUGCAAGUGGUACCACAACUGCAAGCCCUUCAGACGGUCCAGGACCAGCAAGGACAGAUCAUAACUGCUAUCUCUCCUGUGCUUCCCCUGUUACAGGCCAUCCCCCUCUACAUCGACAACUCAAGAAGGGAACUCUUGGACGGGCUUCGUGACUUGCGCUCUCUGUAUCCUGCUGGUAAACCCCACAGCUCUACCCCGAAGCCGCCAACAGAACCGGUAAUUCCUCAGCGUCCGUGUGGUCCUCUUUCCUCGAGCUCAUCUCCCACGGAUCAAAACGAGGAUCGUGGCAGACACAAGAAGCGCAAGCUGGGAGUUGAGAACGGUACAUCGCGGAUCCUCGUCAGCCCCGCUUUCCACGGCGACGCCACCACUAUUUCUUCGCAUUCCUUGCGGCCUGUUGCUGCUACCGAACGCUCACCUCCCGAUAUGCGUCUGGCUGCGAAUGGUACAACCCCUCAUCGCUUCGUCUCUGGACCUUCCCCCGCCUCUCCCGACAUAUCUGCACGCCUCGAUCGUCUGAAGCGGACUGCCUUCCAGACGCCCCACAGACAGCCUUUUGUGGACUUACUUCGACCCAAUGUGACGCCUCGCAUAUCUGACUCCGCUCUGCCACCUGCCGCUAAAUCUGGUGUCUCUGGUCAAGUUACUGGACAUGCCUCUGCAUCGGGGCCCGCUGCUGCGCGUACUGCUAUGGCACCUCUCCGCUCACAAAAGCCUGGCGUCGGAGCUGCGCGCACUGCGCCGAAACCCCUGCCUCCGGUCCAAGGAACGCCGAAGAACGCGGACUCGCUGGCGUCGACCACAAGCACGCUCUCUCAAAAGUCUGUCGCGCAAACCGAACAUACGAGGCCUCCGUCAGUCGUUGAUCCAUCCGGUAUGCGUGCAUCGAAGGCACACACCAGCCCGGCGAUGCUACGCAGAGAAUUUCAAGGCCAAAACAACACAUCUGCUAUCAAGCUCGCUGAUGCUCGACAUACUACACCUUACGAUGACAUACCUUCUACCCCUAUCAGACGCAAUUUUCAGCCGCCGCUCAGUGUACUUAAAAGUGCACCGUAUCCGCCUACGGCAGGCCCUUCCGCGAACCCGCCUGGUACGACACUCGGCAAGCCUAUAAGCAUCAAAGACGUGAAGGCAUUGGCUGCCACACCAGCAUUUGUGAGUCGUACACACACGUAAUCUUACCUGCAGAGCUUGAAUAUGUUUCCGCCCUCCUAGCGUAAAGAGCAGAAGCGGUUCAUACCGUUAGACGAUGACGAUGAUGACGACCUUAUGGAAUGACAAGAGUCGCAUUCGCGUCGUGUGUGCAUAUAUCGUUUCGUGGCAGAGCCCAGCCACAAACAGUAGUGCAAAUCAUAGAGCGCAACCGUAAUUCGCUACACGCGUACAACAAUGCUAUAGAUACAUGCUUUCAAUGAACCGCCCCAAUUACUGUCCUCCCUCCGACGCCUAUCACGGCGCACUUUGCGUAAUAUCUAGCUAGUGCGAGACGAACGA